AUCCGGUUCCUGGGGACAGCUAAGGAAAGAAGCAGGGGUGCAUGUUUCUGCCCAAAGCUGGGGUUUGGCCGAGGUGACUACACACCCCCUUUCCUGACUCCCAUAGGCUAAGUGCCUGACUUCUUGAGAAGCCUGCUUCUUGAGAACAAAAAAGUGAUUGAAAGCCUCAUGGGAGAUGAGCAAUCCUCAAGACACAAGCAGAAAAAGUCCCGGUGAUACAGGAAGCGGGUUCAGGAACCUGCUGGUUCCUGAUACAUAAAUUAGACAGCAGAGGCAGCACUGCAUGACACGAAGCUCGCUCCUGCCUAGCAUCUGUGAGCAGCUGCCAGGCUCUGACCAGGACCCUUUCCUUCUCCUCACUGGCUGAUGGAUCCCAAGGGGCUCCUCGCCUUGACCUUCGUGCUAUUUCUCUCCCUGGCUUUUGGGGCAAGCUACGGAACAGGUGGGCGCAUGAUGAACUGCCCAAAGAUUCUUGGGCAGUUGGGAAGCAAAGUGCUGCUGCCCCUGACACAUGAAAGGAUAAAUAAGAGCAUGAACAAAAGCAUCCACAUUGUCGUCACAAUGGCAAAAUCACUGGAGAACAGUGUCGAGAACAAAAUAGUGUCUCUUGAUCCAUCUGAAGCAGGCCCUCCACGUUACCUAGGAGAUCGCUACAAGUUUUAUCUGGAGAAUCUCACCCUGGGGAUCUGGGAAAGCAGGAAGGAGGAUGAGGGAUGGUACCUUAUGACCCUGGAGAAAAAUGUUUCAGUUCAGCGCUUUUGCUUGCAGUUGAGGCUUUAUGAGCAGGUCUCCACUCCAGAAAUUAAAGUGUUAAACAAGACCCAGGAGAACGGGACCUGCACCUUGAUACUGGGCUGCACAGCGGAGAAGGGGGACCAUGUGGCUUACAGCUGGAGUGAAAAGGCAGGCACCCACCCACUGCACCCAGCCAACAGCUCCCACCUCCUGUCCCUCACCCUCGGCCCCCAGCAUGCUGACAAUAUCUAUAUCUGCACUGUGAGCAAUGCCAUCAGCAACAAUUCCCAGACCUUCAGCCCGUGGCCCAGAUGCAGGACAGACCACUCAGAAACAAAGCCAUGGGCAAUGUAUGCUGGGCUGUUAGGGGGUGCCAUCAUGAUUCUCAUCAUGGUGGUAAUACUACAGUUGAGAAAAAGAGGUAAAACGGACCAUUACCAGACAACAAUGGAAAAAAAAAGCCUUACGAUCUAUGCCCAAGUCCAGAAACCAGGUCCUCUUCAGAAGAAACUUGACCCCUUCCCAGCUCAGGACCCUUGCACCACCAUAUAUGUUGCUGCCACAGAGCCUGUCCCAGAGUCUGUCCAGGAAACAAAUUCCAUCACAGUCUAUGCUAGUGUGACACUUCCAGAGAGCUGAUACCAAAGACCCAACAAAGGGACUUUCUGAAGGAAAAUGGAAAAAACAAAGUGAACACUGAACUUGGCCCCAGGCCCCAGGUUUCCUCUGACAGACACGCUACACAUCUGUACCCUUCUCGGAUCAACUCCUUGGUGAUGUUUCUUCCACAUACAUCUGUGAAAUGAACAAGGAAGUGAGGCUUCCCAAGAAUUUAGCUUGCUCUGCCGUGGCUGCAGGCGCAGGACAGAGCGUUACUUGAUAACAGCGUUCCAUCUUUGUGUUGUGGCAGAUGAAAUGGAUAGUAAUGUGAGUUCAGACUGGGCAUCUUGCUCUUGGCUGGAACUGGAUAAUAAAAACCAAAGACUGAAAGCCAGGACAUCUGAGUACCUAUCUCACACAGUGGACCACCAGUCACAAAGUCUGGAAAUGUUUACAUUUUGGCCAUCUUUACUUUGUUCUGGGAGCUGAUCAUGAUAACCUGCAGACCUGAUCAAGCCUCUGUGCCUCAGUUUCUCUCUCAGGAUAAAGAUUGAAUAGAGGCUGAAGGGUGAAUUUCUUAUUAUACAUAAAACACUCUGAUAUUAUUGUAUAAAAGAAGCUAAGAAUACCAUUAUUUUAUUUGCAAAACCCAGAAGCUAAACAGUCAAUAAACAGAAAGAACGAUUUUGAGAUCUCUGAGUUUUGAACAGUGGACUGGAAACCAUGUAAGAGUCUUAAAAGUACACUUCUGUGCAAAUGGCAUUCAGUUUUAAAGAAAAAAGUAGCAAAUGUUUAAUGGUGCUGUUACAAAAGAGCUUGGAAUACUAAGAGGAACUUGUCCCAUGGUGAUUUUUUCACUUCUCAAAAUGAUGUUUAAAUCCCAGUUCUCUGUUGAUUCCCUUGAACAAACCUGGAACCUCAGCUAAGACUCUCUGUGACCAGAUUCUGAACGUAUUUUAUAUCCAGGGCUUCAAGGGGGUAUUGCAGGUCAAGGUCUUUCCUAGGCACUUUCUACUCCCUGCAUACCUCUCCUCACACUAAAUUUAUCUUCUAGUAGAAAAUUAAGUUAUUUUGGUCUAACGGCUUCAAAUCAUUGAAUGCUCAAUAAUUUAUUUUGCAAGCUGCAGGCAGAAAGAGCCUUUUUUUGGUAAAGUCCUAUGUUUUUUCCUAUUCUUUGCUUUCAGACACGCUGUCUUCAAUUUAAGCCCUUCUUGUUCUUAUUGGUUCUUAUAUAAACCUGGCAAGUACUGUAAGAAACAGCUACUAUCAUACAAUUGCAUAAUAAGGGGCACCAACUUCCCAGCUCAAAACUCAGGUCCUUAUUGCCGUGUAUCUUACCUCCUUUGUGUGGUCAAUUCACAUUGUAAGCCUGUUGCUUAGUGCAUCUCGUUUCUUGGUACCAGCUUCUUUAAUAGGGUUCUUGGCUGCAAUCAACAGAAGCUGGCUUUGGCUUUUUAAUGUAGAAAAGGAACCUAUUGAAAAGAUACUGAUUGGUUCCAAUAACUGCUAGAAGGUUCUGCAAAACCAUGCUUUGAAAGUGAGCAGGAAAAGAGGAGACUAGGCUUUGGGGGCACAGCCAAAAUUACAAAACUAGCCCAGGGAUGACCAUCCUGUUCAUGCACAGCCACUGUCCCCAGCACUAGGCACAGACUCUACCACUGCCUCACUGUCUCUGCUGGACUUGGAAACUUGAAAUUACUGUUACUGCUGCACUGUCUGCCAUGAAAAUGAAUUCUCCAGGAUCCCUUCUUCAUCCUUUCAUCUCUAGCUUAUAAUUCAAAGUCUGGAAUUGAGUGGUCAAUCUUAGGUCACAUGUCCAUGUCCUAUUUCCGAGGGAGGCUGGUAAUUGAAUAUCUGGCAUUUUCCACUUUCACUUCUUAUGAAUUAAGGAAUUCUACAAAUAAUAGAAGUGGGAUUCAGGUGGUUGGCAGACAAAAAUGCCUCACAAUUAUCCACUAUGCCACCCUUGUAUAACCUUACCCUCAUUCACUGUCUACUCUCAAAACUGUGGAGCUACUAAGGAAGAUUUGUAAACCCUGGGCUUAUGAGCACCCGUUCCUUUACUACAACUCAGAUUGUCCUAGAAGCUCAGUUCCCAGCACUUGGGUUUUUCCAGUAGCUGAAUUCUACCUGAUGGAAGGACAGAAACAAAGGGUGAAGAAGAGGCUUUCACUUCUAAGUAUCCUGAACCCCUGGGCUCAAGACCUCACUGGGGAGGGAGUCUUUUGGGCUACCCACCAAACAUCACUGGCAUUAUGCCUCUCACCCUAGACCAUGUUUACAAGUGGGAAAACAACCCCUUCUGGUGAUACAUUCACCACUCUCUAGUUUCCCCCAAAUGGGAAACUAUGGGGAGUGGGAGCUUGCGUUUUCCUCAGGCUUAAAACAAUAAGUUUCCCCCGUGUUUCCCCUCUAAUGUUGUUUUCUUUUGACCAAGCAUGUCUGAAUUCUAGAGAAGUCAGGAGGAACACACCCGUUCUCAGUUUGAAGGGACUGAUGUUCUGAAGUACAACUGGGCAUAGUCCCAAGCUCUUCCGGACACUUCCUCCAUUCACACAGUGGAGAUGUGAUUGUUACAGGGGGUGGUGUGUGCUGGCUGAGAAGCCACUGUGAAUUGAUUCUUCUUCCAAAGUUUAUGUUUCUACUUUUCGGAAAUGAAUAAAUUACAACCAGUCCAUCAA